AUGGAGACCUCUCACGCGUCGAGCACCAGCCGUUCCGUGAUGAUCUCGGACGCGCUGCGCAAGUACAAGAUCGUUCUCGGCUACCUCAUCUUCGUCGCCAUGCUCGUUGGCGUCUUCCUAGGAAAGGAUAGGCUGCUCCAGUGCGGCCUGGCCGUGGGCGGCAUCGCGGUGCUCUGGGUCCUGGAGCCGAUCCCGUACCACGUGGCGUCCUUCGUGCCGCUCGUGGUCUUCCCGCUCUCCAACCUCAUCCCGGCCAAGGAGGUGGCCACGCGCUACAUGAACGACGACGUCAUCCGGGCGCUGUCAGGCCUCUUCAUCUCGAUCCUGCUGCAGACGUCCAAGCUGAACCGGCGCAUGGCGCUGUACCUGCUGCUGGCCCUGGGCACCAGCGUGCGCUGGCUGUUGCUCUGCUACAUGUGGCUGGUGUUCCUCUUCUCCAUGUUCGUGACGGACGCGGCCGUGACAGCCGUCAUGGUCUCCCUCGUCGACACCCUGGUUGCCGAGGUGUACGCCAGCAAGGUGCGCGUACGCGUCGCCAGGCUUAACAAGGCCGCCGAGGAGGCGCGCCAGCACAGGGGCGCCGAGGAGGCCCGAGUCGCCGCCGAGACCCCGGAGGCGCCCGCCUACGCGGACUACGACCACGUUCUACACGAAGAGCAAACGCACUGCGCAGUGCUCCGGAAAGCAUUCAUGCUGGCCCUGAGCUACUCGGUCGUCUACGGAACGGCCGUCCUGCUGGCCAACAAGACGAGCUUUGUCCUGGACGCCUUCCUCCAAGAGCAGUACAACUUCAACAUCAGCCAGGUGAAAUGGGUGGCCGUGAACGGCCUCUUCGGGCUCGUGGGCCUCGUCUUCAGCUGGCUCUUCGUCUUCCACGUCUAUCUGAGGAAAUACGAUGAAGAUGGCAUCGAGGAAUCGGCGGCCGCCAAGGACAUCUGCCGUGGAAAGCUGGACCAGCUGGGCGAGAUGACUUGGAACGAGCUGACGGUAACGGGCCUCUUCUUCGUCUGUCUUCUCCUUUGGGUCACGAGGCAGCCCCAUAUUGUCUCUGGCUGGCAAGACCUCCUCAGCCUACGCCUGGUGAGCGAGUCGACGGUUGGUUUCUUUGUCGUCAUCUUGGCGUUCCUGCUUCCGUCUGACUUGCACAACUUCGAGCUCAAGAACCGUAUCCUGAAGUGGAACGACGUCUACCACAAGAUGCCCUGGGGAGUCAUCUUCGUCAUGUCCGGGAACAUCGCCAUCUCCUACGCCCUAGUGGAGUGCGGCGCCCUGCAGGGCCUGGGCAGCCUGGCCGGUGGCCUCCCGAGCAAUGGCGUCUGGGCCCAGCUCUUCUUCCUCCUGGUCACGUCGCUCACCUCGGAGCUGACCACGGUCAAGGACAGAGUGCCCGCCCUUUUCGCCCUCGCCUCCAACGUGAGUCAGGCGACGGGCCUGGAGCCCCUGAGCCUGAUGCUCCCCGCGGCGGCGGCCUCCGAGUUCAACUUCAUGAUGCCCUCGUCCGGUGCGCGGAACGCCAUCAUCUUCGAGAUCGCCUACAUAUCGUCGCUGGAAAUGAUCUUGCCCGGCAUCGUGAUGAAGCUCGUCUCGUGCGUCUUCUUCCUCGGGGUCAUCAACUCGGCCGGCCGCUUGGUGCUGGGGCAGCACGUGCUGGAGCUGGUCAACGCCACCGCGGCAGCCAAGGGAAACCUGUCGGCCAGGGCAGACUUCUUCCAGACUUUCGCCAAUAAACUGGACUGAAGCUCUUCUCA